AUGCAAGUAAGUGGUGCAAUUGCAUCUCGCAUUUUGUACUUCAAUAACAAGCACGUUCCCAUCACAGUUCCCAUCAACAAUGAAUUGGAGCAACGCAUAUCCGAUGCCUUUUGCAUAUUCGAUCACCACGGCGAUAAACGCAUCGAUAUACGCGAAGUGGGCACAGUGUUGCGCUUCCUUGGCUGCGUGCCUACCGAGCAGGAAAUCAAUGAAGUCAUAGCAGCAACCGAAAUGGAGGAAUCUGCAGGCGAUGUACAUCUCUCCAAAUUUAUGCCGCAUGUGGCGCAAUUGUUAGCUGAACGCAAAAUGGAACCAGCGUCACCUGAAAAAAUCUUAGCUGCCUUUCAAGUCUUGGAUCCAGAGCAAAAGAGCUACAUAACCAAAGAGUAUAUGAGUAAGAUGAUGAUGGAGGAAGGUGAACCGUUCACACAGGAAGAACUCGAUGAAAUGCUUGCCGUAGCCAUUGAUCCCCUUACCGGGAAUAUACCCUACGAGUUCUAUAUCAAUCAGCUAAUGAUCAAUCCGGUCGAUAUGAUAACUCUAGCCGUUAUUAUCGAUACUCAUUGGGCAACCGAUAUCAGCUGUUCAUAG